AAAACUAUGUGCGAUGCUGCCAUAAAUGCCUCAAUUACUCAGGUCAUACAGAAUUAUCAUCCACAAUCCAGCAUAGCUAUUCAGAUGGCGGAACACGUUAAAUGGGCUAUGUUAAUUGGUAUUUUGAUUGUGCUGGAAACGUGCGGUAUCGAGGUUAGGGAUAAACCUUUUGAGAUGGUAGAUAUCAUUAUACCAGAUAAAGUAAAUAAGCUCAAAACAACAUUAAUAGGCAAAGGAGACGGUGUACCUACGAUAACUUCAAAGGCUUGGAAUGUUAUGUUUCCACCUGAUAGUCUGAAGGGUAUAGAAGCCCGAUGGCUGUUGCCAACAGU